ACCUCAUCCCCAAUCCUUCCUGUGGAUGCAAUAUCUUCUUCCUCUCCAAGUCUCUCUCGCUCUCCCUUACCUACUCCCGAUCCCCUUCCUCCUCAGUUCGUUACACUCCCUCGAGCCUCGACCUCCCCGGCAACCUUCCUCCCCUCCCAAGUCCUUGUCUAAGAUGGUUGUGAAGUUGAUAUCUUAUCUCUACUUAUCAUUUUGAUGCAGCGCGGCAUUAAUGAAACUAGCAGAUCUGGAGUACUGUGGCACCACUAGUUACUUUAUCAAGCUGUUUCUGGAUAAGAAAUAUUCUUUGCCGUACCGUGUACUCGAUGCUGUUUUUGCCCAUUUCAUGCGGUUUCUUGACGAUGAGAGGAGCAUGCCUGUUAUAUGGCACCAGUCACUGCUCGCCUUUGUGGAAAGAUAUAAGAAUGAGUUGGAGAAGAAAGACAAGGAGCAACUCUUGCGCUUGUUAGAUAACCAGAAGCAUUAUUUGGUGACUCCAGAAAUUCGUAGGGAACUUCGGAGCAGCGCCAACAGGGGCGAAAAGCCGACCGAUAUGUCGAUAUGCUCACCUGUUUCCGUGAUCACCAAGCCGAUUGAAGAGGACAGGUGGAAUGUGCCAGAGGUGCCCAUGGAGGAGGAUUAAUGGCCGGAGAGCGCCACAGUUUGUUUGCUGUGUGGACUUCAUCGGCGCUUCAGUUUUGAUCAUAGCGUGUUUUUGCUGUGUGUACCUUCUUUUUGCUGUUGAGGAGAUAUAUAUAUAUAUAUAUAUAUAUACCCUGGUUUGUAAGAACCGCUGCUAUGGAGGUUUGAUCGAACACGUUAGAACAAAAGAGUUGAGAUUACAUUUCAAAAUGUAUUCAUGGUUCCUGAAUCUGGCACGGUGUAGAUGAAGGAAGUGAACCUUGUGUAUCAUUGGAACACAACACAAUUUUCUGACACUACGUCAAAUGUUAGGGCUGCCCUUUGUUUGGAUACACACUACAGUAAUCUUGGGUCUAAUCAAAUCUUUGUUGAGACCCUUAA